GCUUUAAUACAUUGUACAAUCAAUAGAUCAUACUGGUCAAAUUCAAACAAUGAGACCUAAAUGAUUCCAGCGAAUCCAAGAUCCCCCGCUUAUCUUCUAUCGUCUACCCCUUCCUUCUCCAAAUCUACCAUCGGCAGAAGUCUUCACUACAAGUCACUAUUAAUUGUCAUUUUUCUAGAUCACACUUACUCACCGUUUGAUCCAGAUCUGUUCAAAGUGUAAUUGGAAAACAUGUCCGGCCAAUCAGACCCUCGCGGAGUUUCUACUUUUACUGCUGCCGAGCUGGAGUUUUUGGCGGAGGAUGAAAUGAUCCAGAUUGUUCCAAAUCUUAAUAUGAAGCCCCUUACUUUUAUUUGUGGAGAUUUUGGUCCAUUUACGUCUCGGGUACCAAUUGAAGUACCGAUAUGGCUAGCAAUCGCGUUGAAGAAGAGAGGAAAAUGCACUAUCCAGCCUCCCGAAUGGAUGUCUCUUGAAAAGCUGACUCAAGUUUUAGAGGCAGAGCGUGACUCUGCAGGCUCAUUUGAAGCGUUACCAUUUCAUUAUGUUGAGAUCUCAAGGCUACUUUUUGACCAUGCUCGUGAUGACAUACCUGAAGUAUAUAUGGUAAGGUCUCUCAUUGAAGAUAUUAAAGAUGUAAGGUUUCAUAAAAUUGGCACUGGAUUAGAGAAGGUUUCAACUUGGACAUUUGCAAUGAAGUUAAAUUUAUCUGCAAUGGAAGUAAAUGUGAUAAGGCCCUUUGUUACUGGAGGGCUAGAAACAUUUUUCAAACUUGGUAACCCAGAGAUGAUCCACAACACGGAGAGACAAGAACAUAGACCAACCCAAGCAGCUGAUCGGGGACCAAGGCGUGAGUUGAGACGAUGAAGACUUCUUCAACCUUAUCCAUCAGAAGUGAUGUUCAGAAUUAAGCAAGGAAGGCUCUGUUAGUCAAUAAGUUGAUUUCUACAUGUAGGUCAGUCAAGAGUUGACUCCUCAAACUCCUUUUCGUUGCACCAGAACCAAACUGGGUAUUCAAAAAAGUUUGAUAUUAAGAAAGGAUAAGUAUUUUACAUUUAAUGACCAUGUUUGACAUAUUUCUUCCAACACCUCCAACCUAAUAUUUCCUCGUUUUUUGGUUUGUGGAGAACUGUCGAAAUUUUUAGACUUAAUGUUGCAAGCGUGCAUCAGCUGUGAUUUGUAACACUAUUUUUUGAAUUUCUGGUAAUCUUUGAGUGAUGCAUGA